CUCCAAAACAAUGGGAACGUCCUCCCUCCCUUCCUCUGUCGAUCAUCACCUUUUUCCGCCAUUGUUACUCACCGAUCAAGUUUAUUGAAGAUUGAAAGGAAGGCGGAUUAAUGAUGUUGGAUAUGGCUAAUUAUACUUCUAUUGGAUCAAGUAUAAUUGACGAUUAUGCUAGUUUAAGUAUUGGAAGACGAUGGUUAAUAUCGGCUUUUGCAGGCAUCAUUAUGUGUAAACUUUCUUAUGAAUAUACAGGAUUGAUUACACCAUUAUUCUUCAAAGGUUUUACCAAACUCAAAGAGGAUCAUAAGCUUGAAUGGAAGAACCGGGGUUUCUCCACCGUACAUGCACUUUUUGUGGCCUUUGCUUCUCUUUACUUUUUGCUCUUUUCGGAUCUUUUUGAUGAAAGUACCCACGAUGAGCUGAUCAUCAAUAGAAGGUCUAUCUUAUCAGAAAACAUACUCGGGAUGUCUUCUGGAUAUUUUUUAACGGAUAUGGCAAUGAUUAUUUGGACUUAUCCAACUUUAGGUGGUCUUGAAUAUGUAUUGCACCACGGGCUCUCCAUGUUUGCAAUCAUGCAAUCUAUCAUAAGUGGUGAAUCGGAGUUUUACAUCUUCUUGGUUCUUCUCACAGAAAGUACAACCCCCUUUGUCAACUUAAGAUGGUACUAUGAUGUUGCUGGUAUGAAGUCUUCAAAGCUCUAUCUGUGGAAUGGUAUUGCAAUGUUCUUCGGGUGGCUGGUUGCAAGAGUCAUAUUGUUUGGCUUCUUUUUCUACCAUAUGUAUAACCACAUUGAUCAGGUGAGACAAGUUCAUACAGCCACAUUUUACGGCUUGCAUAUAAUUCCACCUGUGUUGGCGAUUAUGAAUCUGUUUUGGUUCUAUAAAAUUGCGAAAGGAAUGGUAAGAACGCUCAAAAAGAAGACUCACACCAGCUAAUCCCACUUUGUGUUCUUACUUGGUACAUAAAGAAUUGGUAACUAUGUACUAGUAAAUAUUACAACAAUCUGUGAAUUCAAAAUGUUCAUAGUUUUAUUUUUAUGUCCAUACCAAUUUGUUGAUUGGAUUUUUUAUCUUCUUUUUGGCUUAGUAAAUGCUAUACAAGUUUUCUUCU